CAUGGCGACAAAUGACCCAACGAAUCAAGAUUAUAAUCUGCAGGAGCCAAUUGGGUCAACUACGGGUUUACGACAGGGACUGACCUCCUAUGGAGACACUCAUUUCUCUUUGUUCUUGCGCAAGGUCUUCAUAAAGGCGCUAGGAUAUUCGGAAGAUGCACUUUAUCGUCCAAUUAUUGGGCUUAUCAAUACAGGAUCGGGCUUCAAUCCUUGUCAUGGCAAUACACCACAGUUAAUCGAAGCCGCCAAGAGAGGCAUUCAUCUAAAUGGUGGCAUAGCUAUUGAUUUCCCAACAAUUAGUCUGCACGAGUCAUUUUCACACCCUACUAGCAUGUUUCUGAGAAACCUCAUGAGCAUGGACACUGAAGAGAUGAUUCGUGCGCAGCCCGUAGAUGCCUGCAUUAUGAUCGGAGGGUGUGAUAAGACGGUUCCUGCCCAAAUUAUGGGAGGUAUAUCUGCCAACAAGCCCGUGCUGCCUCUUCUCACUGGGCCUAUGAUGCCAGGGAGUCACGACGGAAAGCGAAUCGGUGCUUGUACGGAUUGUAGAAACAAUUGGGCAUUAUAUCGUGCCGGAAAUAUCGACAUGGAGGAGAUUGCGUCUAUCAAUGAGGAGCUAGCAUCGACGAUUGGCACCUGUGGCGUGAUGGGCACUGCGAGUACGAUGGCGUGCAUCACGGCCGCGUUAGGCCUCAUUCCCCUGCAGGGUGCUUCUGCACCGGCUGUUUCUGCAGCAAGGCUUCGUGUCGCGGAGCAAACGGGUACCAAUUCUGUCAUUGCAGCAGCGAAUCAACGAUCGCCACAGACAAUACUAUCGGCCGAUUCAUUUCAUAACGCUGCGGUGGUCCUCCAGGCCAUUGGAGGUUCGACAAACGCUAUGGUCCAUUUGAUGGCUAUCAUCAACCGUCAUCCCGAGAUUAGCGGCUCAAUUACGCUGAGAACAUUGGAUGACAUUGGCCGUACCACUCCCCUUCUAGUGGAUCUGAAACCUAGCGGUAACAACUACAUGACUGACUUUCACAACGCUGGCGGCAUGUUGUGCCUCCUGCAUCGUCUUCGGCCGCUUCUACACCUUUCGGCAAAAUCUAUCACCGGAGAUACCCUGGGAGAACUAUUGGAUCGCAGCCCUUUCCGAGAUUUCGACUAUUCUAGGAGCAUUAUUCGGACUUUGUCUAACCCCCUGCAUCCAUGUUCCUCCUUGGUAGUCGUUGAGGGCAACAUAGCACCCCACGGAGCCGUAAUUAAGGCAUCCGCGUCCAAAGACAAGCGGCUGCUCUGUCACAGAGGACCUGCAGUGGUUUUCGAAAGCCCCCAUGAUCUUGCGUUGCGACUUGAUGAUCCUGACCUUGACGUAACUGCGGAUUCUAUAUUGGUGCUGAAAGGUAUAGGUCCUAUUGGGAACCCGGGCAUGCCAGAGGCCGGGAUGAUCCCGAUCCCCCGGAAGUUGGCCACCCAGGGUGUCACGGAUAUGCUCCGAAUCUCGGAUGGACGUAUGUCGGGCACGGCCGGCGGAACAAUUAUUCUGCAGGUCUCACCGGAGUCCGCCGUUCCAGACUCGCCCUUUGGGGUUAUUGAUACCGGUGAUACUAUCGUGUGUGACGUUGAAAAUCGCCUUGUCCGCUUGGAAAUCAGUGACGAAGAACUGCAAAAGAGGAUCGAAGAACGUCGGCGAGCGAUUAUUGAAAGGGAGUCUUCACCUUGGAAUGAAAGACGCACCAGAAGAGGAUAUCGGGGUCUCUACGAGCGAGAGGUGAAUCAGGCACAUGAAGGCGCGGAUUUCAACUUUCUCACGGCAAAGGGGCCUGAUUCUCUGCAGUAGCCAUCACGUCAGUUUCUCAGUUGAAACAAGCACCUUUACCUAGGAACUCUACACGGUUUUAUAUUAGUCUGUUAACUAUUCUCUAUAUACGGAACUUGUGACUC